AUGUGUUUGUACUUCUACCAUGCUACAAACACGACUGCAGUCAUGAACUUUGUGGAAAGGGUAAACCAGAAAAAGACAGACUUUGGUAUGAGAAUGGCCCUCCCCUGAGAAAUAUUCCAUUCCCCAUUCCUGACCAGAAACGACCAUGGGGCAGUGAAGAUUGUACUGAAUGUCAGUCUGUUUGUAGUGGGCAUUUCCUUUCCCCAGAAGAUAAUAUUCAACAUGUGGCAAAACACGGAACAGGAGACUGUCAGUUCUCUCCACCAAGUGAAGUUAUCAAGUCCGCGUUCAGUAAAAGAGCAAGGCAGGGCCAGCUGAUGGAUGAGAACACAAUACUAACCUUAGCCAAAACAACUCUCCUUAGCAAGGAAGAAGUCCAGAUGUGGGUGGACCACUUGUCCUGCUUGGCAAAGUAUAGGCAAGCUGGUGCGGAAAAAGCUGCCAAAUCAAGAGCUAAAAAAGGUACAUCGUAUAUUUAAAAUCUUUGAAAUAUCAUGAUAGCAAGUACUAUACUGCAGAAACGAGGGCCACUUUGUCUUCUGAGUAUUGUCACUGUUAUACUACAAAUGUUAAUUUUAUGUUUCUUUACUUUACAGCACAACAAAAGCUCUACUGCUUCUGCCAAAAAACAGAUGAUGGAAGUCAAGCCAAUUGCGUGUGACAACCCCAGCUGCAAGUUUGAGUGGUUUCACUUUCAAUGUGUUGGCCUUCAAGAAGAAGAGGACUUCGUUGGGGAGUGGUUCUGCCCAUCCUGUACUUUGGCUCCC